CCUGUCACUGCUAAAACGGAAGUUGGAAUGGCGAAAAGUUGGGUAGCAUUAUUUACAUGUUUCACAACUCGUGCAGUGCAUUUAGAAUUAGCAGAUGAUUUAUCUGCAGAAAGUUUUCUUACUGCGUUAAGAAGAUUCGUAGCACGACGAGGCUGUCCUGAACUAAUUUUAUCAGACAAUGCUAGCCAAUUCCACCUAGUCUAUCGAACGAUCAAGAAACAAGAAUCACAAUUAAAAAAGCCGUUGGUAGAAAAUUAUUAA